CACGUUCUAGAGGGGGCGCGUACUCAACACACACGUGUACGACUAUGAAGGAAAUAACAAGCAGGAUACACAGAGGGGGUGCCAACCCAGUGUUCUGUCUGUAGAUGCUGCCAAGUUUUUGGUCCAGGCAUUACUGGUUGAGCAUUCUCAUGUUGACUUGCAGUUAUCACUCUGGCAACCACAGAGCAACGAGUAGCGAUGGCUAAGCACCAGACAGAAAAGCAGCAGGUGCCCUUGCCGGUAGAGGCAGCCCCAGAUGGGGGGUGGGGAUGGGUAGUGGUGGGGGUGCUCUUCACAUCCUCUGCUCUGGUGUUUGGCCUCAUUCGUAGUUUGGGGGUCUUCUUCGUGGAAUUUGUGCAGUACUUUGGGGAGAGCGCACAGGCUGUUUCCUGGAUAACCUCCAUAGGAGUAGCCAUGCAGCAGUUACUCAGCCCUGUAGGCACAGCUGCCUGUAAUGCAUUUGGAGCACGUCCUGUUGUGAUGGUGGGAGGCUUCCUGUCUGGACUGGGCCUCAUUAUAGCUUCUCAGGCUGCAACACUCACACACCUUUACCUAACCAUGGGACUUAUUUCAGGCUCAGGCUGGGCUCUGGUGUUCACCCCUUGUGUAGGCUCUGUCAUGCAGUAUUUCAACAGGCGGCGCUCUCUGGCCAUGGGUCUGGGAUUCACUGGUGUGGGCCUCUCCUCUUUUGCCUUCUCUCCACUCUUCCAGUAUCUGGUAGAGACAUACACCUGGCGUGGGGCCCUGCUCAUCCUGGGGGGCCUCAGCCUCAACAUUGUGGCCUGUGGGGCCCUCAUUCGACCUCUUGUACCCCCCAGAGUCAUAGCUAAGGCUGAUAGCUCCUCCAGGUCUGCUGGCUGUGCCUCUCUCUUUUCCCGUUUCUGUGAGUACUUUGAGCUGUCGCUGCUCUCACGCCGAGGAUUCUUCACCUACAGCUUAGCUGUCACCUGCUUCAAUGCGGGCUACUUCAUCCCCUAUGUCCACCUGGUCGCCCACAGCCGUCUCGUUGGCUUCAGCGAGUACCAGGCUGCCUUUGUCAUCUCCGCCACUGGCGUGACAGACAUUGUGGGGCGCGUGGUGUCUGGCUGGGCCUCAGACCUUCGCCGUAUGCGCUUGCUUCACAUGUUGGCGAUCUGGACGGGCUUGUUAGGACUCUUCCUGUUGCUGUUGCCGGUCAGCUCUCUGGGCCGCAACUACGGCGGUUUGCUGGUGGUCAGCCUGGCAUACGGGUUCUGUGCCGGGGCCAUGACACCCCUGGUGUUUGCAGUAGUGCCAGAGAUCGUGGGCAUGGAGUGCAUGCUGGGAGCACUCGGGCUCCUGCAGAUGAUAGAGAGCACGGGAGGGCUGCUGGGAGCACCACUGUCGGGUUGGUUGAAAGACUUCACAGGCUCUUACACAGGUUCCUUUGUGUUAGCUGGCGGGUUCCUCAUCUUGGGCACCAUAAUAACAGCAACACUUCCCCAUUUCUGGUCCUGCACCACCCCUCCACCCCCAUCACCAAAGAGGAUGGGCAAAAAAGAGUGCACUGAAGACAGGUUACUAAAACAACCUUUAUCCUCAGACUCUGACCAGGAGAAAUCACAGUCCAUGGAGGAUAUAAAUUACUCAUGCCAGAGUCACUCAACAGAACCAGUACCAGAACUGAAACACACACCACAUUCUGCAGACAGGACAGAGGGCAAUGCUGCAUGCUGAUUGGCUGAAGGAGAGGUAUUCCUUUGACACAGAGAACAUGGUGACUGACAAUUGUUGGCCAAUGCUUAGAGUGUGUACAUUAUCAUACCAUGCAUAUCAUGGUGAAUGUUAACCUGAAAAGAUUGAGAAGGAGCUAAUCAAAUUAUUGAUUUCAAUAAUUCUAAAGAAUUGACUAGAUUCAUACACUGUCUGUUAACUGCACUAGAAAAUAACUACCUUGUCAGAUUUUAGGGUCUGACCUUUUGAAUUCGUAUGGGAAGUGAAGUUUUGAAGCAUAAAUAUCUCUAAAGACUAAUAUAGUAAAACUUAAAGGAAUAUUCCUCUGGAAAAACUAUGCAAGUCAAGGGCUUGGGUUGGAAACCAGUGACCUGCAAGAUGCAGUUCUGCACCUUUUAUUGUAUAACUAAACAUAAUUUGUCAGAGUACACCUAGAAUGAAACAACAUGAAGGUCAAAAAAGAAUCUAAAGGCAUAUAUGCAGCAAAUUGAAUGGUUUAAAUGAUUUGUUAAUUGCUUCAAACAACCAAAAAAAAUGUACUUAAUGUAAUUAAUGUACUUAAUUUUGGACUUUGUGAAACUAAACUGAAUGGCCUAGCUACAUUUUGUCAUUUUGCUAAUCUUGAUAAACAAUUGCUGAUCUUGAUUAUUUAUGAAUUAAAGUGGCUAUGAAUUAGGCAUAUUAUUCAAAGGCACAGGGUUGGAUUGCACAGUGAUUUACAAAAUAUGAAAGCACAAUGCAAAUAUGGCUGAUUUUAUGGGUCCUUAGCAGUUAGCAACUGUCCCAGCUGUGUUGUAUCCUGCAUUGUGGUAACUCAUUCAAGUUCAUGCCAAGUUCGCAUCAUAGGGGUGUAAAGGGUUGUUUAGCUGUGCUUUGCGUUAUGCUUCGGUUAUGGAACAUUUUUGGCAAUUUAUUUCUACUCAACAUGGACAGACCAGUAAAUUAAGGACCUAUAUUGGCCGUUCUUUUUUUUUUUCCAACAAUGUCUUUACUAAUUUUAACAUCUGAAAUGCACCCACACACCAAGAUGUGUAUAUUUAAAAGCACAUACAGAGAUUCAGGGUGCGUGUUGCUGGGUAUUCUGAUUUAAAUGUAAAGUUCGACACCGGCUGUUCUAAAUCAACCAUGUAUCACUGGAAAAUCUUAUGGAGAGCAAUCAUAGGAGGAAUGUUUGAACAGGCUCCUUAGUGUAUGCUCUUUUGUGUUCUUGUGCUUGAAAGUCAGAAAGCCUUGAAGCUAGACAAAUCUAUAAGCAACCAGGCAUGAGUUAUGGAGUUUGUUUACCAAUGUUUCCACAUACUGAUGUGAGGAGCAUGCCAGUGGUUGUGUGUUGAAAUAUGAGACUUGGGUUCUUGUGAGUGCUGGCCUUAAACAUAAGCCUUAAUCUCCCCUAGUGCCAACCAUCACAACCACACAGGAGAAACGAUCAAACCACAUGCACAAACACUGCCGUUUUUCUGGCCCUGCCUCGCGGGCAGCACUCAUAACGUUAAUAUUCGCACUUUGGCCAGAAAUAUUUGUCAUGGUAAACAUCCUGCUGUUGAUUCCUUUCUGUAAUAAAUACAGAAUUACCUGUCUGGAAAUACAACAAAAAACCGGAAGAUAAAACACAUGAUUGGUAUUUUUUUUUACAUUUGAGCUGCAUAUUUUUACUUGUGCUCUUCUAACUGAUUACAGCACAAAGCUAUAAAGAUUCUUGGCAAACAAGUUGCAAGUUAAUGAGUGAAAGACCAAAAGGUUCAAGUUAUGUUCACUAUAUUGUUUUAGCCCUUUAUUUUUUGUGUGAUGUUGAAUGCUUGGAAACAGCACAGGCCUUUCUUUGGCCCAUUCUAGGUACCUGCGGUCCUGUUCUCACAAUUUUUUAAUGUUGAGUUUUCCAGGUUAAAGAUUAUGCACAAUUGAUUUAGUUUAGUGUUUGUUUUUACUAUCAAAAGUGUAAUAGUUAUUGUUUUUAAUAAGAGGGUGUAUUUCAUAAAUGCCUGUUAACUC